AUGAUUACAAUUCUGAAGAAUACUUUAAUAAUUUAUCUUGGACUUUUAGGUCUUAGUACAAUUGGAUCCCUUUUCAUCUGCUUAGAUCAAGAAUAUCAAUAGUAAUGUCCAUCUCAUGUAAUCUCAAUUUUAUCAGACUUAUCGCUUAUCCCAGUUGUAAAUGAAAUCAGAAUGAUUUUAAUCCCAUUAAUUAAAGAAUUACCUCCUUAAUGGAUUAGUAUUUUGAUUUGGAGUUCAUUAAUGAUGACAAGUGCUUUAAUGAUAUCAAUCAUGUAUAUAGCAGCGUAAAGAAUUAAAAAAAUAUAUAUAGAAAGUUCACUUAUAAUAUGUUGAUGAAUUUAGUCAAAUUAUUAGUUAUACUCAUAUUGUUUUCGUUUAUCUUUGCCUGGCUGAUGAACUUUUAAGAGAUACCAUAGAAAUUUCAAUAAUAUUUGAAGUACUUACAAUUAUUCUAAUAAUGA